AUGGAGGUUCUUAAAGUUCUUAGUUUGAUCACACUUCUUGUGUGUUCGAGGGCUCUAAAAGCAGACCCAAAUGACCCACCGCCAGAGCCACUGAAAGUGGUGCAGGAGGAGAUAAGUCCAGAUUUCUGGGUAAGACAGGCCAAGGAAAGGUUCGCCAAAGAUUGCAAGAUGUUCAGCUCUCUGAGAACCUCUACCCAUGCCAAGAAUGUGAUCAUGUUGUUGGGUGAUGGUAUGGGAAUGCCAACAAUUUCUGCCAGUCGAUUCUACAUCGCGGAAAUGCAGGGUCGAAAUGGCUCUGCUGUUUUCCACCCCUUCGAAGAGUGGGAUUUCAAUACGAUGGCCAGAACCUAUGAUCUUGAAACAUCAGUUACUGAUUCCGCCAGUUCAGCUAAUGCCUACCUGACUGGCUCGAAAACGCGAACUGGCAUGAUUGGAAUCGAUGGCAAUCUUAAUGUCAAACAAUGUGGAAAAUGGGACUCGAAGUAUUUCACGCAAUCAGUUCUUGAAGCUGCUUACAGGGCUGGCAAAGCAACUGGUGUCAUUACGAACACAAGAAUAACCCAUGCUUCUCCAUCUGGCACUUAUGCUCAUGUCACCCACCGUGACAUGGAGANACCAAAUCACCAAUACAUCAAUGUGAUUGUUGGCGGUGGGCAGGAGAAUUUCGCUCCCAAAGCAGCUAAGCCCAAGGCAAGUGAAUAUGUGGGCAUUCGAGAGGAUGGGAGGAACCUGAUUGAAGAAUGGAUUGGAAAUAAAACUAAGGAGAACAAAAACUUCUGCUUUGUCGGCGAGCCGGAAGAUUUGUCAAAAUGCAAACCAUCAGAGAAUGAUUACAUUUUGGCACUUCCUUACGCUGGACAUUUUCCGUAUACGCACGACAUUCCAAUGGGCGAACCAAAUCUUCUAGAUUACGUACGCACAGGUCUUGAAGUUCUCAAACGACAGAAAAAUGGAUUCUUCCUCUUCAUUGAGAGUGGACGAAUUGACCACGCUCAUCACGAUAAUAAUGGACGGUAUUCCCUCGAUGAGAUGGCUGGCAAAGCAACUGGUGUUAUUACAAACACAAGAAUAACCCAUGCUUCUCCAUCAGGCACUUAUGCUCAUGUCACCCACCGUGACAUGGAGAGUGACGUGAAAAUAAAGGACUUUUGCCCACAAGAAUAUGAAGAAAUGCCCUGUCAAGACAUUGCUUGCCAGUUGAUUCAGAACCACCAAUACAUCAAUGUGAUAGUUGGCGGUGGACAGGAGAAUUUCGCUCCCAAAGCAGCUAAGCCCAAGGCAAGUGAAUAUGUGGGCAUUCGAGAGGAUGGGAGAAAUCUGAUUGAAGAAUGGAUUGGAAAUAAAACUAAGGAGAACAAAAACUUCUGCUUUGUCGGCGAGCCAGAAGAUUUGUCAAAAUGCAAACCAUCAGAGAAUGAUUACAUUUUGGCACUUCCUUACGUUGGACAUUUUCCGUAUACGCACGACAUUCCAAUGGGCGAACCAAAUCUUCUAGAUUACGUACGCACAGGUCUUGAAGUUCUCAAACGACAGAAAAAUGGAUUCUUCCUCUUCAUUGAGAGUGGACGAAUUGACCACGCUCAUCACGAUAAUAAUGGACGGUAUUCCCUCGAUGAGAUGUUGGAGUUUGAUAAAAUUAUAAACUACAUCCAAGCAUCAGUUGAUCUAAAGGAGACAUUGUUAAUUGUCACAGCUGAUCACUCGCACGCACUUGAAUUGGUUGGCCAACCCGGACGAUUCCAAAGUGUCCUUGGUAUUGAUCAAUAUUAUAGCAAUCUUACCGAUGAUAAGAUGCCAUUACAAGGACUCAACUACAUGAAUGGACCAAAUGGGUUAAUUAACGAAUACCGAAAAAAUCCCGCUUACGAAGAUAUCUUCGACUGGAGCUAUAAGCAGCAGACAUUAGUACCACUUCCAAUUGCCUCCCACGGUGGUGACGAUGUCGGCGUCUACGCAACCGGACCCCUCUCGGCUUUCUUCCACGCCAAUGUGGACAACACCUUCAUUGCCCAAACCAUGAAACUGGCCCUAGGAGUCGAACCAUAUGAAAGAAUGAAUUCACCCUGUGAUGGUUUUACUUGA